AUGUAUCGUACAGGGUCGAAUUGGAUACUUACAUUAUCAUCCCUUCUGGUACCUCCUUUUGGUAUAUAUUUGAUACUUCGAUCAACAAAUCGAAAAAAUCAAUAUGAUAGAUGUUAUGGAGCGGUGGAAAGAAGUUGGUUUCGAGUUGAAAUUGCAAUUUGUUUCACCAUGACUGUCGUCUUCUUGGGUUUCGGCAUUUUAUUACUUUAUGGUUUUCUCAAGUUGAUGGACAAUACUUAUUUCCUCUUGGCUGGGCUUAGCUCAGUUCUUGCUGCAUUAUUGUACAUGACCAAUGGCCUGGUCACUGUAGGCCUGUUACGACAAGAUAAUACGGAUAUUGCGGUGAACGAAGAAGCAUUAAAACAGAAGACUUGCAUCGCAUAUGAUGAUCCAAAUGCAUCACCCUGUGCUGGUCAACGAUCUGAAAUCGAUCAACAUAUAAUCGAUUAUAUUCGAGCGGAGCUAGAUCGAAACUUGAAUAGUAAAACUAAUAAGCACAACAAUAGUAGUACGAAUUACAAUAUUGAUGAUUGCAAAAACAGUAAAAACAAUGAUACUAUCAAUGAUGUUGUAACGAUAAGCUCUCGGGAACGAUACCGGUAUGCACCAGCAAGAAACAGUAAUAUUUCAAAAUCUGGUGCUCAAUGUAAUCAGAAACUUCAGAAGCGAUUUGCUACAAUUUCCAGUCGAAUUUCAAAAUGUAAAGUGACACCGAUCUCAUUGUUUGCUCCUGUUAAAACAGAAGAUCUGGAUGACAAUCAUCGUACUGAGCAUUUCAAUGCUUAUUUUUUAGCUACUCAAAAAAAUGAUCCAUUAUUGGUGAACAGAAUAGCGAAUAAUGUGAAGUCAGAUACUGUUAGCCGUUCAGUUGAGUUACCUGCUCAUCGACAAGAUCAACAAAGGAAUGCUGGGGAAGGUGGAAUUAUUACUCGAGAGCAUUACUCGAAAAGAAAAAAUGAUAGCUGGAAAUAUAGUGGUUAUGAAAGAUUCUCAGAUGAUGAUAAUACAUCUGGCUUAUUUACUGGAUCGAUUUAUUACAACAAUAAUUCAGUGCCAGUGGAGUUGAAAAAUGUUGAUUUAGCCGUUCAGCCGGAGCUAUUUGUCGUGGAGAUGCCGGAUCAAAACAUUCGAGAUUGCAAUCGUAAUGGUUCCGAUGACUUAAGCUUACAGCAAAUGUCUGUUAUAGCGUCACGUACUUACUGUUAUGGUCGCCGAGGAAGUGGUAGAGGAAGUCAGCGAAGAUGCUAUUCGAAAUAUGACAAUCGUCGUGGAUCGGCGGAUAUUCACCAUCCAUCCUAUACGACACACACUGAAUCAGAUGAUGAAAGUUCAUCAUCACCUACUAAUUACGGGAGUGUUAUUAGCAAUAAGCAACAGGUAUUGAAUUUAUCACGAGAGCAAGAAUCGAUAAAUUCUUCUUGCAUGCCAUCAAUUGUAACAGCUAUUGAUUCGGGACGUGAAUCGGAUAUAAUUCGAAACAAUUCGCCAAGACGAACAAGUUCACGAGACAAAAAAAUGAGAAAUAGAGGAUUAAUCAAAGUUCAGGAUAAGACUUUUUUUAAAGUCAUUUCCGCGAAUCUGGUGCCAAUAUCGGCAGUAGUGAUUCGUAUGGCUGGCGAAAUUUGUCGUUUUUUUCAAGUGGCAGAUUCCGUUAAGGAUGCGGCCGGUGGAAAUCUCGAACCAGAACAAUAUCGAAAAAUGUUUAUUGGUGGACUUACAAGCUCCACCACCGAUGAAACACUCAAAGAAUUUUAUUCAAAAUGGGGUACUUUGGUGGACUGCGUUGUCAUGCGUGAUCCAGCGACAAAACGAUCACGUGGCUUUGGAUUUGUAAGCUUCUCGAAGCAAUCCGAGGUAGAUGCGGCUAUGGCUAAUCGGCCACACAUUAUUGAUGGUAAAACCGUCGAUCCUAAACGGGCGGUUCCACGCGAGCAAUCGCAACGAAGUGAAGCGAAUAUCUCUUCUAAGAGACUUUAUGUAUCUGGUGUGAGGGAAGAACACACGGAAGAUAUGUUCAAGGAACAUUUUGGAAAAUAUGGAAAUAUUUUGAAGUGUGAAAUAAUUGCGGACAAAAACACUGGCAAACCGAGGGGAUUUGCUUUCAUAACGUUUGAUGACUAUGAUGCCGUCGACAAAUGUGUUUUAAUCAAAAGCCAUAUGAUUAACAACUAUCGUUGUGAUGUAAAAAAGGCACUUAGUAAAGAGGAAAUGGCAAAGGUUCAACAACAGGAACGUGAACGAAUGGAUCGAGGAGCACGCUCUCGAGGACCACCAAUGGGUCGUGGCGGUGGUGGAUGGGGCCCCGCGGGAGAUAGAGGCGGUUAUGGUGGACAGCCGUGGGGUGCAGGUCCCGGUGGACCUGGUGGUUAUGGAGCAGGUGGUGGUGGUCAGUGGGGACCGUCAGGAGGCGGUUACGGAGGAGGUUAUGGCGGUGGCUACGGUGGUGCACCCGGUGGUGGUCGGGGAUGGGGCGGUGAAGGCAGUGGUGGUUGGGGAGGUCCACCAUCGCAGGGUGGAUGGGGCGCACCAUCCGGCGGUGCAGGUGCAGGAUGGGGCCAGGGCGGUGGUCAAGGAGGUUGGGGCACGGGCGGACAAGGUGCUGCACAAUCAUGGGGUGGAUCAGGUGGACAAAGUGGAGGUGGCGGCUGGGGAGGUCGAGUUUUGCUGUGCCUCUCAUUUUCUUCUAAGAAAAUUAUGGAAAUGUUGAGAUGUUGGGAAAAGUAUAGUUUUCUUCCUCUCGAUUUGCUGGCAAUGAAAUGCAUUUUUACAUCAUUUUCUGUAAUAUCUGUAGACUUAGAGCUUUGUAUUUGGAUUGAAGUGGUGUUUCCGCAACACAUUACGCCAAAGAAAACAAGAUCUUUGUCAGGUAAGGAGAGAUUAGGCUUAUCGUCAGUACAUUUUUCUCAUUUUAUUGUAAUUAACGUGAAGCUGAUUUCACGUUUGAAAGAUGAUAUUGCUGUGAGAUCAGUUGUCAGUGACAUACAGUAUUUUGUGAGAGAUCAGCCUAUAUAUACGUCAUUUGGUACAACCAGUAGCGAUGGACUUGAGCCAGAACAGUUUCGAAAGAUGUUUAUUGGUGGUUUAUCGGCAACAACGACUGAUGAAGCACUCAAAGAAUUCUAUUCUCAGUGGGGUGAGCUAGUGGAUUGCAUUGUGAUGAGAGAUCCAGCAACAAAGCGUUCACGAGGCUUUGGAUUUGUUGAUGCUGCAAUGGCGGCGAGACCACAUAUAAUCGAUGGGAAAACAGUAGAUCCGAAGCGAGCUGUACCGCGUGAUCAGUCGGCUCGUAGCGAAGCUAAUGUUUCCUCUAAACGAUUGUAUGUUUCCGGUGUUCGUGAGGAACAUACCGAACAAAUGUUCGAGGAUUAUUUCAAUCAGUUUGGUAAAGUGUUGAAGGUAGAAAUUAUAGCUGACAAGAAUACCGGAAAACCAAGGGGAUUCGCUUUCAUCUCCUUUGAUGAUUAUGACCCGGUAGAUAAAUGUGUGCUGCAGAAAAGUCAUCAGAUUCAUAAUUAUCGUUGUGAUGUGAAGAAAGCUUUAAGCAAAGAAGAAAUGGCGAAGGCUCAGCAGUUGGAUCGAGAACGCACGGAGAGAAUGGGACGAUCACGAGGUACAAUGAGACCUGAUCGAUAUGGCGGCGGACCAGGGGGCUAUGGUGGAGCAUGGGGUGGGCCUGGUGGUCCUCCUAGUGGUCAGUGGGGGCCACCUUCGGGAGGUGGUGGUGGUUAUGGUGGAGGCUACGGAGGAUAUGGUGCUUCAGCUGGAGGAUGGGGUCCAAGCGGUGAUGGUCCAGGUGGCUGGGGUGCUGCUGCUCAUGGUGCUUGGAAUGGUUCUCAGUCAGCAUCCUCAGGUUGGAGUGGUGGCAGCGGAGGUGGGCAGGGUGGCUGGCAGGGAAGUGGCGGUAAUGGACAACAAUGGGGUGGGUCUUCUGGAAAUUCAGGUCACGCCGGUUGGGGUGGCCGCUCAUACUGA